CUGCUUGGUCCGGCGCUGGCCUGGCUGUGGAGCUUGCAGGAAUCUGAGGUCCGGGCUGAGGUUUCAAGGGCCUGAAUGGACACUGGACACGAGGGUGGGAAUUUUAAUUUACCAGCAAGAGAAAGGGACAGGUUAGUUUGUUUAUGCUCAGUCACAGCCUGGAGAACUCUCCUUGAGACCCGCUCUGAACUGGUUCAGUGAAGCCCCAGACCCGCCAAGGCCCCCCGCCCUCCCCUGCGACCCCAUCCCGCCUCUUGGAAAGCGCUCGAGCCGGAGUGGGCGGUGGACUGGGUCCAAUAUUUUCUGUAAUGAGAAAUUUUUGCCCGCAUAUUUUUAGCUUUCUCCAAAGCGCUGUGGCCUUUGAAGGUUGAGGGGGCAGUGGUCGCUGAUGCCAAGCCCUGGGAAUUCACCCUAUGGGCUGGGACAACAGGUAAUGGGUGGUGGGCACUGGGCCAGGGGUCAGUGGGCAGAGGGUGAUGGGUAUUGUGUGAUGUGUUGGAGCUUGUGGGCGGUGGGUGACCAGUGGUGGGUCAGGAGCCAGUGGGGGUGGGCAGGGGACAGUGGGUAGGGGUGAUCAGUCAGGGUUGGUGGGCGGUGGGCAGUGGGUGCUGGAGCAGGGGUGCUGGGCACAGACUAGGGGCAGGUCUGGGCCUGGCUCGGACAAAACCCUCCCUGAGUCUGAGGUGGACCUUUGAGCCCAGGAGUGCAGACUGCAGUGGACGGGGACAGACCCCAUCAAAAACCCUGCCCUGGGUCUGGGCCUGGGGCUGACAGUCGACUCUGAGUGACCCCUGACCCUGAUUGGGCCUUGAACCUAAGACUGACCCCGGUCCCCAAAGUGAGCCUGACCACUGACCCUUGAUUCCAGCAGAAGCUCACUCCAGAACGACCCCUGACCUUAGCUGACGCCCCCUGCCGGCAGAGCCUGGAGGCUGGGAUGGCCACCCACUCUGGGAGGCGACAGAGCCUCUUGGGGGCCCACAGCGGGACCCAUCGGGCAGGGGUCCGCGAGGGCAGCUGGGCAGCUGUUCCCGCGCCCCCGUCCCCGCCUUGCCCGGGGCCGGACCGUGGAGCAGCUCUGCCCUCCCCUCCCCUCCUCGAGGGCCCCUCCUCCGGGAGCACGGCGGGCGCAGGGAGGUUGAAUGGGGGACGUGCGCCUUUGUUCCUGUCCCUGCUCGGGCUCUGACCUUGAGAGAGAGACAAGAACAGAAGGAAAACGGAGCUUCUGCUCAAAUCCGCUCGGCGGUGGCGGCGGCUCUCGCCUCGGUGGCCCCUGCAUGCAAAUGAGCCGACCCAUCCGGGCCUUUGCUGGAUGUCCCCUCACCUGCUGUGCCCUUCUGUCUCCCACACCCCUGCAACCCUGCGGGUCCAAGUCCUGCUGGGUGUGACAGGAGAGACCCUCACCCAUCCAUGAGGUCCCAUGCCAUGGAGGGUGCUCUCGUCCCAGGGCAGAGAGAGCUUCUGGGUGGACCCCUUUGCCGGCCAGGACUGGCACCCCUGGGCUCGCAGCCCCUCUUCCUGGGCUCAGGCCCCACGCCUUCCAGAGUGGUCCCAUCACUUCCCAAAGAGCCAGACCAGCCAUCCCGGGCCGAGCCUGGCCUGUGUGGCUGGAGCCCCAGGCCCUCACUCCAGCGGUGUCCACAUGGUCUGUUUGGGGCCUUGCCACGUGACCCUGGGCCAGUUCUGGUCCUCCCUCGGCCUCCCGGGCCUGCCCCACCCACCACCUGGGGGCAGGUUCCCACCCUCCUCUGUAGAGCCACCUCAGCCAGCCCUGGGACUUCAGACUUGGGCACCUGCAGUCAAUGCACAAGACCCAGAAGCCAGAACACCCCAAACAGAUGGGCAGAGCUCUCUGGAGGGCAGAGAACAGAGAACCUUGGGGGUGGGGGUUGGGGGGGUGACUGAAGUACAGGGAGGACGAUGGGCCUUGAAGGAGGAACCAGAAUUUUACAGGAAGAGCAGGGAAGGCCUCCCAGGCACGGUGCAGCCCAAGCAAAGAGGGGUGAGUGCCGGUAGGAGAGCAGGAAGCUCAGGGCACGUGUGGAACAUGGCCACAGCAUAUCGGAAAUGUGUAGCUGGGGCGGGUGCAUUUGCCAUCCCCGCCUGGCUGGGGCGAAACUUAGUUUGCCGGUCUCUGGCCUCUCAAGGUUCUUGCGAGGAGUUUGGAUAAUCCCUCACAUGGGGACCUUCCAGCUCUUGGCUCCCAGACCCUGCGCCAGGCCUGGGAGAGUGAAACAAAGCCAGAGAAGUGGAAUCUGGCUGGGCACCUCUGGCACUUUCCUGCCAGCACUUGGUGACAGCACACCUCCACAAACUCAGAGUCUGGUGAGGGAGACUAUGGCAUGAAUGAGGACAGAACUGAAGGACAGUCUCCCAGUUCCACAGUCAGCAAUUUGCCCCCUUCCUCCGGGAGUGGUCACUGAGUGCCCCGAACCCAUCAGGCACUCUAGCCCUUUGCUGAAGCUGCACCCUCCGCCUGACGCCUUUCCUAUCUUCCACCCUGGUCAGACACCCGUGCUCCCACCUGCUGUUGGCCUGGACCCAACUCUGGGCUGCGGGGAGUAUUGGGCACCUACUAUGCCUGGCACCCUUAGGGGCUGAGGUCAGGAUUCCUAUUUUGUUUCCUAGAUGAACAAACAGAGACUCAAGGAGGAGAAGUGACUGCCCUGCGGUCCCCCUGGGUGGCAGCAGUGGACACUGGCUUUGGACUUUGGUCAGCCUGACUGUAAAACUCUUCACCAGGCUGGGCGGGGUGGUACGGCAUUGGCUGGGCCUGGUUUAGGAUUUUGGGGUCUGGGUUUGAAUGAGGGAGGGGAGAUGGGGGUGAGCAAUCUCUGUGUCUUCUGCUUCUGGCUCCAGGCCAGGCUCUGGAGACCCGCUUGGUGGCUUGAAUGGAGGUGAUCGAGAGCAACUCAGCGACCCCGGCCUGGUCUCGUGAUGACAGGGGCAGAUGCAGGGCCCCGCAGAGUUGGGGUGGCCGGGGGGCUGGAGGGGGCAGGACCCCGGGGGUGCAGGCAGCCCGACGGCGGCGGGGGACGCGUCCCGGAAAGUCGGGGCGGGGCGGGGGGUGGAGAGGUAGGGGCGCGGCGGGGGCUGGAGCCCCCCUCCCAGCCCCCGCGCGGCUGGGGCACGGCAGGAGGGGGCGCCCGCGGCCCUCCCGGCGCUCGGGCGGGACAAAGGCCGGAGUCCCGGCCCCUCCCCGGCGGUGCGGCGGCGACGGCCCGCGCUCUCAGAGUCCGAGCGGCCGGGCCGGCGCCCGGGGCGACCCCGGCGCCCCGCCCGCCGCCGCCUGACUUCUCCGGCGCCCGAGGUCGCGCGCGCUCAGGCGGGGGCGGCUGGGGAUCUCCAAGCGCCGGCGCUCCCUCCUCCCGCCCGCCCCGCGCCCGCCCGCUCGGCGGCGGCGGAGGAGGCGGAGACGGCUGGCAGGCGGCGGCCAGGCGAGCGCGGCGGCCGGACCGGGGCCAUGGCGCCCGCGCAGCGCCCGCUGCUGCCGCUGCUGCUGCUGCUGCUGCCGCUGCCGCCGCCGCCGCCCUUCGUGCGCGCCGAGGACGCCGCCCGCGCCAACUCGGACCGCUACGCCGUCUACUGGAACCGCAGCAACCCCAGGUUCCACGCGGGCGCGGCGGACGACGGCGGCGGCUACACGGUGGAGGUGAGCAUCAACGACUACCUGGACAUCUACUGCCCGCACUACGGGGCGCCACUGCCGCCGGCCGAGCGCAUGGAGCACUACGUGCUGUACAUGGUCAACGGCGAGGGCCACGCCUCCUGCGACCACCGGCAGCGCGGCUUCAAGCGCUGGGAGUGUAACCGGCCCGCGGCGCCCGGGGGGCCGCUCAAGUUCUCGGAGAAGUUCCAGCUCUUCACGCCCUUCUCGCUGGGCUUCGAGUUCCGCCCGGGCCAUGAGUACUACUACAUCUCUGCCACGCCCCCCAAUGCUGUGGACCGACCCUGCCUGCGGCUGAAGGUUUACGUGCGACCGACCAAUGAGACCCUGUAUGAGGCCCCCGAGCCCAUCUUCACCAGCAAUAACUCAUGCAGCGGCCUGCGCAGCUGCCAGCUCUUCCUCAGCACCGUCCCCGUGCUGUGGACCCUCCUGGGCUCCUAGUGCCCAAUGGGACGUUGGCCCCGCCCUGAUGGCCCGCCUCCGAGACCAAAUAGAGACGCCGCUUCUCCCACGACUGGUGCUGCUUCGCUGGGCAGGGGGCCGUCCACCCGCCCCAGGGCUGGAGGGGGGUGAGGGCAGCCGAGGUCCCCCCACCCUGUGCCAGAGGGGCCGGGUGUCUGCUCAGCUGGCCAUGCUGUCUUGUCCGGGGGACCUGCUGAACCCUGGGAUCUCUUGGUGACGUUGGUUUCUGUUUUUGCUUUUUAAGUGUAUUUUUCAUGGUUGCAUCAGAAAGACUUGAGCUUUUAAUUUAAUUUAUUCCUUGCUGUCAUCUGUGACUUUGGGAAGGAAACAGAAUAGACAGACGGGGCAGGGGUCCCUGGCCCCCUUGAGGGGAGGGGGAUUGGGGCACCCCUGGCCUGGUCACUCCAUUUAUUGGGUCCUGGGUGGAGGCAACCAUGGAAUGGAACCCCAGGUGCCAUGGGACAGGCUGGCCUGAGGCAGAAGGGGUGGGUGGUGAGUCCCCCCGAUUCUGGUCCGGGGCCCUCAGACCCCUGUCCUGCCAGCUCUACCCUCCUCCCUCCUGGUGAUUGUCUCCUAGAGCAGAAAACCACGGGGUUUCACCAGCAGCCACCAUGGAGCCCCGGCACCCUCAAAAUCAUAGCAUUACAACGUCUUAGAGAUGACGUAGGCCCCACCUGUCCCCCCAGCCUCACACAGUCGCCCCCGAGACCGAGAAGACAUUAUAUUUCUGUAAAUAGAGCCAGCAAGUAUAUACUGUGAUUUAUUUUUACUGUAUUCCUGAGGAUGGACUGGAAUGUUUCUUUUUCUCUCACCCCUUCAUGGGGGGAGCUUUUAUUUUGAUGGGGGGGUUGGGGUAGACUUUUUAGCGUAGAAGCCGCACUUCAAAAUAAGCUCCUUUGUCUGUGAGACCCCCUUCCCUCUACCGUAUGACUAAUAAUGUUUGUAAGAAAAGGGAAAACAGGACAAAACAAAACGGGGGGGGCGGGGAACAUCACCACCAAAAAAGAGAUACCCCCUCCCCAAAACACUCUAAUGAAGUAAACAGCGCAUUUAUACAGAUUUCAUAUUUCUACCCGCCUUUCCUGAUCUGUGUUUUAUAUAUAUUAUAUAUAAAUAUAUAUGGCGUGUGGCCGCCGGGGGAUGGCUCGGGCACGCCAGUGGGGGACUUUUGUAGGGGUCGUGGGCGUGCGGCAUUGCCACGCCUGGAGCUGGCGACGGGCCCCGCCCCCCCAUCACAAUCAACUUUGGAUUCUGUAUUUUUUUAUAAUAAAAUAAGCGUAAGCAUC